CCUAGCCAUGGCCCGCAUCAUCGACCUGGUGCCCUGGGAGGAUGGCUCCACCCACAUGUACGCAUCCCCAGCCAUCCUGCUGCCCAUGGGGCGGCAGCGCAACCAGCUGGCCGGUGUGAAGCAGCAGCUCUACCACCCGGCCCUGCCCAGCCUGCGACGCAUGGACAUGGACUCCGUCAGGGCCUGCCUUUCCGACAAGCACUGCCAGUCCACCACGUACUGCCACAAAGAUGACUUUGACAAUGCCCACUUCACACUCCUUGGUGUCCCCAACAAACCCCUGCAGUGUUUGGACAUCACGGCGACCGGCCAGAGGCUCCGAAACAGGUGCCGCGAGGGAAAGCUGGCGCCUAUCGCUCCGGGCAUCAAUCGGGUUGACUGGCCCUGCUUCACGCACGCCAUCGAGGACUGGUCCCGCUUCGUGUCCUCUGCCGGCGAGUUCAAGCUGCCCUGCCCGAGCAAGAGGGGUCGGUCUACGGGCGCGGAGGAUGCCCUAGGGCGGGAGAGAUAACGGAGGUGCUGGGUCCCUCGAGCCCGGACCUCGGACCGGAGGCUUCGCGGGGUGGGCUGCGUCAAAGACAGGGAGGGGAAGCUAAGAGCAGCUGGGGCACUCAGGGGAGGGAGACUGAGACGGACUGAAGCUCACAGAGGCGGGGCUUG